GGAGCCCUCCAAGAGUAAGUGCGCGCAGCGCAGCCAGACGCGGGGCCGGGGCGGGCGGGCGUGCGCGGGACCCCCAGGUCGAGCUCCGCGCCGCCGCUGCCGUCGGGCGGACUGACGGACCGCGGGCGCGCUGACAGCGCCGGGAAGGGCUGCGGCCCCAUGGCGGCCGCGGGCUCGGCCCGGGGCAACUCCGGUGCCGCUGCUCCCGUUCGUGCCCGGCGCUCCCCGGCCCCGCUGUCCUUUCUGCUGUCCGCGCCGCUGAGCUCAUUUCUUUCGGCUGUUUCCAUUUCUUUCUCUGCUGCCCUCUGCUCUUCCUUUAUUUUUUUUUCUUUCUUUGGUCGUGUUUUCCUUUCUUUAUCUCUUUCGUGUUUCAGUUUGUAUUUUUAAAAAUUUCUUUGCCCUUUUUUAAAAUUUUAUUUUCUUUCUGUUCUUGUUUAGUUUUAUUUCUCUUUCUGUCUCUUUGAUUCCAUGUCUCUUACUGUUUUCAUUUGUCCAUGUUCCCAUUUUAACCGUCUCUGGGUUUUCGAUGCUUUUGUAUCUCCUUCCGUCAUUCUGUUUUAAUAUCUUUUUCUUAAUUUCUUUCGUUCAUUCUUUCUUUGUUUCUUUCCUUAUUUCUUUCAAGUUUUCCUCAGCCCUUGUUCUAUUGGUUUUGUAUCUCUGCUCUGCUUUUAUUUUCCUUUUCCAAAAUUCUACAUUUACGUGUCUGUCUUUCUGCAUUUAUUUGCCUUGAUCAAGCUUCUGUCUUUUUUUUUUUUUUGUGUUGUUGUUGUUGUUUUUUUGUUGUUUUUUUGUCCUGGCCGUAUUAAUUUGUCUCCUUUCAUGUUUCCAUCCUUUCUGUCCGUGUGUCUGUCUUUAUUUCUUUUUCUUCCUAUUUUGGAAAAAAAAAAACCCAAACCAAAUCGGAAUAAGGAAAAAGGAUGAAGUGUAAAAAAGAUAAUGUUCUUUUCCCUAAUUGCUGACCUCUGCGCUGGCACCCUGCUGGCUCUGACCGUACCCCGCUCGCUCCCGGCAGGGCGGCCGGGGCUGGCCCUGUGCGCGGGCUGCGGGGGCCGCAUCCAGGACCCCUUCCUGCUGCGGGUGUCGCCGGACCUGGAGUGGCACGUCGCCUGCCUCAAGUGCGCCGAGUGCGGGCAGCCCCUGGACGAGACCUGCACAUGCUUCCUGCGCGACGGCAAGGCCUACUGCAAACGGGAUUAUAGCAGGCUCUUCGGCAUCAAGUGCGCCCAGUGCCGGGCGGCGUUCAGCAGCAGCGACCUGGUGAUGCGCGCCCGCGACCACGUCUACCACCUGGAGUGCUUCCGCUGCGCCGCCUGCGGCCGCCAGCUCCUGCCCGGCGACCAGUUCUGCCUGCGGGAGCGCGACCUGCUCUGCCGCGCCGACCACGGGCCGCCCCCCGACGGCGCCGUCGCCCGCGGACCGCGCAGCCCCGCGCUGCCGCCGGCCGCCGCCGCGCACCUCGCAGAGCCGGUGCCCGGACGACCGCCCGCCCCGCGGCCGCCGGCGCACAAGGCGGCGGAGAAGACCACCCGCGUGCGGACGGUGCUGAACGAGAAGCAGCUGCACACGCUGCGGACCUGCUACGCCGCCAACCCGCGCCCCGACGCCCUCAUGAAGGAGCAGCUUGUGGAAAUGACGGGGCUCAGUCCCCGCGUCAUCCGCGUCUGGUUCCAGAACAAGCGCUGCAAGGACAAGAAAAAGUCCAUUCUCAUGAAGCAGCUCCAGCAGCAGCAGCACAACGACAAGACGAGCCUGCAGGGCCUCACCGGGACGCCGCUGGUGGCCGGCAGCCCCAUCCGCCACGAGAGCGCCGUGCAGGGCAGCGCCGUGGAGGUUCAGACCUACCAGCCGCCCUGGAAGGCGCUCAGCGAGUUCGCCCUGCAGAGCGACCUGGAGCAGCCCGCUGCCUUCCAGCAGCUGGUCUCCUUCUCCGAGUCCGGCUCCUUGGGCACCUCCUCCGGCAGCGACGUGACCUCGCUGUCCUCCCAGCUCCCCGACACCCCUAACAGCAUGGUACCCAGCCCGGCCGAGACGUGAAGCGGCCCGUCCGCCCCGCCGCGGGAUCUCCGCAUGCCUGCGCUCCCUGCAUGAGACACCCGGCCCCGGGCCGCUCCCAGAGCGCCGGACAAAUGCCUUUGUUUUUUAAUUAUUGUUAUUUAAAACCAAACAAAAAAUAUGUUACUGUCGGCCAAAAAAGCACCGGGAUCCUCGCUGCCUUCACCAGACCGGAGAAAGAGCCCCCGCCCUGUUUUUUUUCGUGGUUUUGUUUUUUUUUUUUCCCUGCGGAUUUCGAUGUUUCUUUUCCCCAAAGAAACUCGGAUUUCCCUGCCGAAGCCCGGCACGGUGACAGGCUUCCUCGCCCGCCGUUUGUGCUGGGGACGGUUUUUCUUUUAUUUUUGAAAGGGAAAAAUAAAUCAUUAAAAAAAAUUCUACAAAAUGGGGAGAGACUCCUCCGGCUUGCGGCCGCGGAGCUGGCCUGGAACUUCCUCCGCGGAGCCGCGCCGUCCAGCCUCAUCUCACACCGAUGCCUCUCCCGGGCCACGAUGCCCGGCCCCGCACGAUCUCUGGAAAAAGGGACACGGAAACGAGACUUUUUAACGGGAAAACCAGUACUAAUAAUGUUAAGUUAUCAAUGGACGAAGGACGGAUUGUUUGCGCCUUUAACGAUCAAAAGUAAGUUAUUGUUAUUUAUUGUCAGAGUCAGCGGUUGAAUAGUGGGAUUAAAUAUUUUGGACUUAAUAAAAAAAA